AUGGGAGAAAAAACGGCUGCCGCGGCCCGUACGCCGGCGAAACCAACGUCUGCGGCAAAGAAAACGGGAACAGCGCCGUCGACAGGUAAAGGCAAGCAGCAGAGCAUCCUCGGCUUCUUCACGAGGACUCCUGCUCCUGGAAGCAGUAAGGGUGUCAAUUCGUCGCCUUUCACACAGCAGUCUUCCUCGGCCAAGCGGGACGAGUCCUCCUCAACCCCAACCGCUCGCCAAACCCUCAAAGAAAGUACCAAAGGCAACCUGCUCUCAUCGCGUCCCACCAACAACACGUCCGUGCCUUGCAGCGAUGUUGUUGAGCCCACCAGCUCCCAAGAGAAUCGUGAAACUAGCACUGCAAAGGUGGAUAUUACUUCCGAGUUUCCUCCUGCCAUCACACCUGCUGAGAUCCUACAGAUGCAGCCUGCCUCUUCGGCAGCGGUACCACAAAGCAGUCCAUCCCGCAAGGUCAAAAAAGUUGUUAACUAUGCCGAGUCCUCUGACGACGACGUCGACGAGCUGUUCGCCGCUAUGAAGGCCAGGAAAUCUAGAGGCCGCCGCUCGCGCACUGCCGUCCCUGACGACGAUGAAGACGAUGCCUAUGUGACAGAGGAAAAUGAUGAAGAGGACGAAGAUGAUAACCUUUCUGAUUUCGUCGUCUCGGACGACUCAGAUGCCCCUUCAAAAUCUAAAAAGAGAAAGCGCCCUGCUUCCAAGGCAACGGCCCCACGCAAAAAGGCGAAUCUCUCUUCCUCUCCAGGCCCAAGCUUCCCUCCUCCAGAGGAUGAAGAUGACGAAGAGAUGUUGGACAUCCCGUCAUCGACUUCUACUGCCCAGCAGUGGAAGUAUGACCCGGAUAACAUUCAGCCAAGAGACCCAGACUCUCGGCCCCCGUUGCCCACUUCGAAGUCAUCCGGCCCCAAGCCAAAACCGAAGCCGCACAUGAAGGAGCCUGAGGAAAGGUACCCAUGGCUAGCCAACAUUCUUGAUGCUAACAAGAACCCGCCUGGGCAUCCGGACUAUGACCCAAGUACGCUGUAUAUCCCUCCUUCAGCGGAGAGAAACUUUUCUCCCUUCGAAAAGCAGUAUUGGGAGAUCAAGAAGAACCUCUGGGAUACAGUCGUCUUCUUCAAGAAAGGCAAAUUCUACGAACUUUAUGAGAAUGAUGCCACCAUUGGUCAUCAGCUGUUCGACCUGAAGCUCACUGAUCGUGUCAACAUGCGCAUGGUUGGUGUUCCCGAGGGUUCACUCGACAUGUGGAUCAAUCAGUUCGUGGCCAAGGGGUACAAGGUCGCUCGUGUCGACCAGAUGGAGUCGUUGCUUGGCAAGGAGAUGCGUGAGCGUGACUCGAAUGUCAAGAAGGUCGAUAAGGUCAUUCGCCGUGAGCUCACAUGCAUUCUCACCGCUGGCACUCUGGUCGAGGGUAGCAUGCUCCAGGACGACAUGGCCACAUAUUGUGCCGCCAUCAAGGAGGUGAUGAUAGACGACAAGCCGUCCUUUGGUGUUGCUUUUGUCGACGCUGCCACUGGCCAGUUUUGGCUGUCAGAGUUCGAGGACGAUGUCGAGCUCACCCGAUUCGAGACAUUUGUUGCUCAGAUUUCGCCUCGUGAGCUGCUCCUAGAGAAGUCGCGCUUGUCUACUAAGGCAUUGCGCAUUCUUAAAGGCAAUACCAGCCCGACGACAAUUUGGAACUACCUCAAGCCUGGAACUGAAUUCUGGGAUGCUGAUAUGACCAGGCGAGAGCUCGAAUGCAGCGAUUAUUUCAAGGCUGAGGAUGGCAAGGACAAAUGGCCAGAUAAACUCUGUGAGAUGAAGGACAAAGAUCUGGCUAUGUCCGCUCUUGGUGGCCUCACACAUUAUCUACGUUUCCUCAAGUUGGACAGCAGCCUACUCUCUCAGGGCAACUUCGAACGGUACAAUCCUAUCCAUCGCAACGGUACGCUGAUCCUGGAUGGGCAGACCCUCAUCAACCUCGAAAUCUUCGCCAACACUGCCAACGGUGGCCCCGAGGGCACACUGCAUAACUUGCUCAACAGGUGCAUCACGCCGUUUGGCAAGCGUCUAUUCCGCCAAUGGGUCUGCCAUCCCCUUUGCAACAUUCAAAAGAUCAACGAAAGGUUGGAUGCCGUUGAGAUGCUCAAUGCGGAUCAGAGCAUCCUUCGGCAGUUCACCUCGCAGAUGGCUAAGAUGCCGGACCUCGAGCGACUUAUCUCUCGUAUUCAUGCCGGCGCCUGCAGGCCCGAUGACUUUGUUCGUGUCCUUGAGGGUUUCGAACAGAUUGACUACACGAUGUCGCUUCUGGGUGCAUUCGCCGGUGGCAACGGCCUGGUUGACCGGCUCAUUGCCGCCAUGCCCAACCUCAAGGAACCUUUGGCGUACUGGGAGAACGCAUUUGACAAGAAGAAGGCGAAAGAGGAGAAGGUGUUCAUCCCUGAGCGUGGUGUCGACGAGGACUUCGACCGUACUGCAGACGAGAUCGAGCGCAUCAAAGAUGAACUUAACUCUCUUCUUGAGAAGCAGAAGGCCGCCCUGAAGUGCAAGACACUCAAGUUCACUGAUGUCGGCAAGGAAAUCUACCAGAUUGAGGUACCCAAGUCUGUGAAGGUCCCUUCAAGCUGGCGGCAGAUGUCUGCCACCUCGUCCGUCAAGCGGUACUACUUCCGCGAAUUGGAAAAUCUCAUCCGGGAGCUCCAGGAAGCCGAAGAGAUUCAUUCUCAGGUUACCAAGGACGUCGCCUCUAAUUUCUUCAAAAAGUUUGACGCCAACUACGACAUUUGGCUGCAGGCCAUUCGGAUUAUUGCCCAGCUUGAUUGCCUAAUCAGCUUGGCCAAGUCAUCUUCUGCCCUGGGCGUUCCCAGCUGUCGUCCAGUAUUUGUCGAUGACGAGCGCAGUGUUAUCGAGUUCAAAGAGUUGCGGCAUCCUUGCAUGAUCAACACUGUUGCCGACUUCAUCCCCAAUGACAUCAAGCUGGGAGGCGAUGAGGCCAAGAUCAACCUUCUCACAGGCGCGAACGCAGCCGGCAAAUCUACAAUUCUCCGUAUGACCUGCAUUGCUGUCAUCAUGGCCCAAAUCGGCUGCUUUGUCCCAGCAGAGUCAGCCCGCCUGACCCCUGUAGACCGCAUCAUGUCGCGCCUGGGCGCCAAUGACAACAUCUUCGCCGCCCAAUCCACCUUCUUCGUCGAGCUCUCCGAGACAAAGAAGAUCCUUUCCGAAGCAACACCCCGCUCUCUCGUCAUCCUCGACGAGCUUGGCCGCGGCACAUCAUCCUACGAUGGCGUUGCCGUAGCCCAGGCCGUCCUGCACCACGUGGCCUCGCAUAUCGGCUGUGUCGGCUUCUUCGCUACCCACUACCACAGCUUGGCAGCCGAGUUUGCCCACCACCCGGAGGUGCGCGCCCGCCGUAUGCAGAUCGCUGUUGAUGAGAAGGAACGCCGCGUUACUUUUCUGUACAAGCUCGAGGACGGGGUUGCGGAGGGCUCGUUUGGCAUGCAUUGUGCCAGUAUGUGCGGGAUUCCGAAGAAGGUUGUGGACCGUGCCGAGGUGGCAGCUAAGGAGUGGGAGCAUACUAGUCGGUUGAAAGAGAGCUUGGAGAAGGCCAAGACUGGGUGCUAUAUCCCACUUGGCAUCUUGAGCGAUGUGGCUUGCUUGUUGAGGGAUGGUGGGGAGCAGGAGGUUCCCGAGAGGGCAAUGGAUGUGUUGUUGCGGGCUAUUGAGGCUCUUUGA